CAACCUCUCUGCCUACGUGGGAGAGAAAAGAGGGCUGGGGGAAGUGUAGAAAAUCUAAACCCUAGCCGCUGCAGCCUGAGGAAGAUUUAUCAGAAAGAGAAAUAGAGGGGGGAAAACCGGUUGGAGGUGAGGUGAGGAGGGCAAAUAAGUCGUUGCUAUCCGGCGACACAAAGUUCUUCACGAUGUGGCUGAAGCCUGAGGAAGUGCUUCUGAAAAAUGCGCUGAAGCUGUGGCUAAUGGAAAGGUCCAACGACUACUUCGUGCUGCAACGGCGUCGAGGCUACGGGGAGGAAGGCGGAGGUGGGCUCACAGGUCUUCUGGUUGGAACACUUGACUCAGUUUUGGACUCUACUGCUAAAGUGGCUCCAUUUCGUAUCCUACACCAGACACCAGAUUCUCAAGUUUACUUGUCAAUUGCAUGUGGAGCCAACAGAGAAGAAAUAACCAAGCAUUGGGAUUGGUUGGAACAAAAUAUCAUGAAGACCUUAUCUGUGUUUGACUCAAAUGAAGAUAUUACUAAUUUUGUACAAGGAAAGAUAAGAGGAUUAAUUGCCGAAGAGGGGAAACAUUCUUUUGCAAAAGAAGAUGAUCCUGAGAAAUUUCGAGAAGCCCUUUUGAAAUUUGAAAAAUCAUUUGGUUUACCAGAGCAGGAAAAAUUAGUGACUUAUUAUUCAUGCAGUUAUUGGAAAGGACGGGUUCCUUGUCAGGGUUGGCUCUAUCUUAGUACCAACUUUCUGAGCUUCUAUUCUUUUUUGUUGGGAUCGGAAAUAAAACUCAUUAUCUCCUGGGAUGCUGUGUCAAAACUUGAAAAGACUUCAAAUGUCAUACUGACAGAGAGUAUUCAUGUGUGUUCCCAAGGGGAAGAUUACUACUUUUCAAUGUUUUUGCACAUUAACCAAACAUACCUUCUUAUGGAACAAUUGGCAAACUAUGCCAUAAGGAGAAUUUUUGAUAAGGAAACAUUUGAUAAUGACCCAAUCCUUGAUGAUCCUCUACAAAUUACUAAAAGAGGUUUGGAAAAUAGAGCCCACAGUGAGCAAUUUAAUGCCUUUUUUCGGCUACCAAAAGAAGAAACAUUGAAAGAAGUACAUGAAUGUUUCUUAUGGGUACCAUUCAGCCACUUCAAUACCCAUGGAAAAAUGUGCAUCUCAGAAAACUAUAUCUGCUUUGCUAGCCAGGAUGGCAAUCUGUGUAGUGUAAUCAUUCCAUUACGAGAGGUCUUAGCUGUAGAUAAGACAAAUGAUUCCAGCAAAUCUGUCAUCAUUGGCAUCAAAGGAAAAACAGCUUUCCGCUUUAGUGAAGUUAGAGAAUCUGAGCAAUUGGUGUCAAGACUCAGGCUCAAGUGUGGCACAGCUUCAACUCAGUGUGAUACUAGCACAGAGGUUGCUAUUACUUCUGACUCUACAGGUCCUUCUGAUAAUUUUGAGGUACAGUCUUUGACAUGUCAAAAAGAAUGCAGUAAAACUGUGAACACAGAAGCCUUAAUGACAGUGUUUCACCCUCAGAAUCUGGAGACUCUUAAUUCUAAAAUGUUGAAAGAAAAAAUGAAGGAACAGUCAUGGAACAUACUAUUUUCAGAAUGUGGGCGUGGUGUUAGCAUGUUUCGGACCAAAAAGACUCGAGAUCUGGUUGUAAGAGGGAUUCCAGAGACCUUAAGAGGAGAGCUCUGGAUGCUUUUUUCAGGUGCUGUGAAUGACAUGGCUACUAACCCUGGCUAUUAUGCCAAAGUGGUUGAAAAGUCCAUAGGGACCUGCAACUUGGCUACUGAAGAAAUCGAACGUGAUUUGCGUCGCUCCCUCCCUGAGCACCCAGCAUUUCAGAGUGAUACUGGCAUAUCUGCUCUGAGGCGGGUACUUACUGCUUAUGCAUAUAGGAAUCCCAAAAUUGGAUACUGCCAGGCAAUGAACAUUUUGACUUCAGUGUUGCUUCUAUAUGCAAAAGAAGAAGAAGCUUUUUGGCUUCUGGUUGCUGUGUGUGAACGAAUGUUGCCUGAUUAUUUUAAUCGUCGAAUCAUUGGUGCCUUGGUGGAUCAGGCAGUCUUUGAAGAACUUAUCAGGGAUCACCUUCCUCAGCUGACCGAACACAUGACAGAUAUGACAUUCUUUUCUUCAGUUUCUCUCUCAUGGUUCCUCACACUUUUUAUUAGUGUGCUGCCUAUUGAAAGUGCAGUGAAUGUGGUAGACUGUUUCUUCUAUGAUGGAAUAAAGGCUAUUUUACAACUCGGAUUGGCGAUACUUGACUAUAAUUUAGACAAACUCCUGGCAUGUAAAGAUGAUGCUGAAGCUGUGACAGCUUUAAACAGGUUCUUUGACAAUGUCACUAAUAAGGAUAGCCCAUUGCCUUCAAGUGUUCAGCAGGGUUCAAAUGAGAGUGAUGUAAAAAGCAGUCAUGUUAGAGUGGAUAUUACAGAUUUGAUUAAAGAGUCCAAUGAGAAAUAUGGAAAUAUUUGCUAUGAAGAUAUACAUAGCAUGCGCUGUCGAAAUAGGUUGUAUGUGAUACAGACCCUAGAGGAAACAACGAAGCAAAAUGUGCUGCGUGUUGUAUCCCAAGAUGUGAAAUUGAACCUUCAUGAAUUAGAUGAACUUUAUGUGAUCUUUAAGAAAGAGCUGUUUUUAUCUUGUUAUUGGUGUUUGAGUUGUCCAGUGUUAAAGCAUCAUGACCCCAGCCUGCCAUAUUUGGAACAGUAUCAGAUUGACUGCCAGCAGUUCAGAGUGUUGUAUCACUUGUUGAGUCCCUGGGCUCAUUCCGCAAACAAAGACUCACUAGCUUUAUGGACAUUCAGAUUGUUGGAUGAAAAUUCUGAUUGCCUUGUAAACUUCAAAGAAUUUUCUUCUGCAAUUGACAUAAUGUACAAUGGAAGUUUUACUGAGAAGCUUAAACUGCUUUUUAAGAUGCAUAUUCCUCCAGCUUAUACUGAAGUGAAAUCUGAGGACUCUUCAAAAGGAGAUGAACUUUCCACAGAAGAAUUACUUUAUUUCAGUCAGCUCCAUGUUUCCAAGGCUACAAAUGAGAAAGAAUCAAAAUCAGGAACAAACAGCCCUGAAAAAGGCAAAGGAAAAAUCGAUAUUCAAGCAUACCUAACUCAGUGGCAAGAUGAGCUCCUCAAAAAAGAAGAAAAUAUUAAAAAUUUGCCAAGAAUGAAUCAGUCACAAUUUAUUCAGUUUUCAAAGACCCUCUAUAAUUUAUUUCAUGAGGACCCUGAAGAAGAAGCAUUAUAUCAAGCCAUUGCCGUUGUAACCAACCUUCUGCUCAGGAUGGAAGAAGUUGGAAGGAAACUACAUAGCCCUCAAUCAUCAGCCAAAGCAGUCUCUGGUACAGUAUGUGCUUCUGAAGAACCCAGUGAAAGGAAAACAAAGAGCAACUUGGAGAAAGAUCCUUCUUCCUCUCUCAGGGAGGAACCUCAGUGGUCAUUUGCAUUUGAACAGAUUCUUGCAUCUCUGUUGAACGAGCCAGCCUUGGUGAGGUUUUUUGAGAAACCUGUAGAUUUAAAAACCAAGCUGGAAAAUGCAAAAACUUCUCAGUUAAGAUCUAGAACCAAGAUUUAAUUUGACUCAGUUAAGAUCUAGGACCAAUGUUGUAAAUUUCUUAACAGGAAUUGAUAUCAAAGACAAGUUUACUGAAAUUUCUGUAGCAUCAGCUUGAUUCCUGGGAGUAGGGCUCAGGGAUUUAUCUUCUUAACAAUGUGCCUAAAGAAAGAAGGAAUAAGAUAUUUAGAAGCACAAUUAUUCAUUUAUGAUGAUCUCAAAUUUUGAUAGUCCUAAUUACAGUCAAUCCUUGGAUUGUGAGUAUCUUGGUCUUCAAGUAAGUGUUCUGCAAGCCAAGUGGACAGUGCUAAGACAUUUUAACUUGAUAAAUGAGAAAUGUCUUGCAGUAUAAGUAAUACAUCAUGCUGAAUAUCACCUGAUUCCAACUGGUUCUAUCUCUCAUUGCUUUGAUAUACAAGUGCUUUGGAUUACAAGUGGAAUGAAUUAUUCUCCCAAACCAAGGUUUUACUGCACUCUGUUUUUCAGAAAAUAUGCAGUAGCUAGGGAGGAAAGGGAAGAUAUUCUGUAGAACCACCAGAGGGCACCACUAUACCAUUUUUAGUAAGCAAAUUACUAGCUUUGCUAUUUUCACUAAUAAUUUUGAAAAGGUGGUGUUAGUUUAUUAGUGAUGCUGAUAUGUCAUAGCGGUAAACCUUAUUUUGCAAAUUGCCUCAGUCUUACUAGAAUACCCUAGAAAUCUAAUCUAUUAGAUCUAUACCCUUAUCUAGAUUACCAUUCAGGCCUCUCAUUUUCUAUUAACUGAAAUAUUAUUAACAUUUUAAAUUUAAUUUCAGUCAAUCUAGUAAUAGAUGAAUGAUCAAUAAUUUCUGCAUUCUCUACUUGAAGAGUUUAGAAGCUGCCAAUUCAUGCUGCUAUCUCUUUUACUGUUCAGAAUAAAUCAAAGUCUCUUAAACCCAAUAGACUGAUAGAAAGGGAAAAAAUACUAGACUUUAAUUUAAACUGAAUAAAGCCAGCCUUUUGGAAGGAGGUAAGAAACAGUUCAGCUCAUUUUGAACAUCUUGAGGGUUUAGAGGAUCAAAAGAUCUUUCUAAGCAUUUUAAAAAAUAAGUCAUAUAACAAAGGUAGCUGUGAACACCCAAUUGUGUUCUCUAUACAACCAGUCUAAGGUUCUGGAAAGUCCAUUCACUGUGUAAUUGGUUUCAGGAAGGGAUUUGAUAAAAUAAAUUCCUUCAAGGGUUAAUAAAGCUAAUGUGUAAUUGUAUAAAGAAAGAAAGAAAAGUUCAGUUACUACAAAUUCUUUGGAGCACUACUGUUUGUUCUGUUUGUCACAGUAUAUUGCUCUUUGUCUCAGUAGUUUUAGAUUUUGGAUUUUCUCAGUCAUAUUUUACUUUAUAUUACAUAGUAAACAUAAAUAGUUGCAUUUAAACUGAAUUAUUAUAUUAGUCUGGCAGGCAUAUAAAGUAUACUUUCACAUGAUGCUUGCUGAUGUAAUGUGUAGAAUUACCAGCAUCAAUCUAAAAAGAUUUUGACUAUCUGGUUUAGAUAUGUAAUUUUAUGUACUUUAUGCUGCUUAUAUUCCAGUUGCACUAUGACAGUCUAUUUGGAGACAUAAUGGACUUUGUUGUCACUUUUUAAAAAAUGAAACAAGCAAACUACACUUGUCUACUCCUCUGUUUCUGACAAGAGCAAUUUAACAAUUAAAUUAGAAAAUGUAGUAAUAUCAUCCAUUGAAAUUUCUUUCUUCACAGAAAACUUUGGUCUUAAGUCCUUUGGCUUUUCUAGAUGUGAAACAGUGAAAGGGCAGACCUCCUUUUGAGUGAUCCAAGGGACCAUCUUUUCUGAGCAGGAGUUGGUACAGUGAGCCUUAGGCAAGAAUCUUCUGUGAACAAAACCUAACACAGAGAUGCUUGUCACCAUAAAAUAUGUUACCUUCAGAGAAGUUAAAGAAUUUUCAAGUUAAGCUUUUGAAAAUGCAUAAAUAGGUUUUGGUGAAACCCUUUACUAGUAAGUCUUUAAGAUAAUUUGAUCACUUUUUCUUUUCAAGGAAAUUACCACCUAAAAGAGAUAAUUGGUAAGUAGCCAUACCUUUAGUUCGAAGUGAUUUGUUGAAAUACAUAGAGAUUUUAAAGACUUAGUUAAUAGUUUGUAUUAAAGCUAUCACACAUUUGCUAUUAUGUAGCAAUUAUUAAACUAUGCUACAAUAAUAGCUCUAGAAAGACAAAGUCAAAUGCACAAAGACAUUAUUGUAUACACUGUGGAAUAUUUUGUCAGUUGGAUUUACAAAGAAUACUUUUUAAGAGCAUGUAUCAUUAAUAUAUGACAUUAUUUUAAAGUCAAAAUGGUGAUUGAGUAUUGUAUUUUAACCUACAUUGAUAAAAUUGGAUAAAGAGAUUUUUCAAUUGCAAAAAAAUUAUAAAAGCAAAUUUAAAAAAAGAUUUAUUUUCUGAGUCUGCAGGAGAAACAAGCUGAAUAUAUAGUUUUAUAGCUGCUACCUUGUUAAGCAAAGGAAUUGUUCUGUAUUUUAAAAAUCAUAUGUAGUUGUGUUAUACUGAACCAGUGCAAUAUGCCUUAUAUGUUAAAUGUAAUAAAGUGGUUUUACUUCUCUUUCUAAGAAUAAAUAUCACAAAUCUCUUAAAACAUGAAAGUGAUUUGCUUAAAGAGAUUAAUAUUUUAUUUGUUGUGAUAUGUUUUUAUUUAUACUUAGAUAUCAUUUGAGGGCUUUCCUUCUGUUUCAGAUAGGGUUCAGUUGCAGAGAACAAAAUUUAUACUUAAUUAGGGAGGAAAGGAUUUAUACUGGGUACUGAAUACAUAAUUAUCAGAACUGUUUGAAUUGAGCUUUUAAGCACACAUCCCAAAGGCACACCUCUACCAGGUCACAGUUGCUAACUCUUCUGAGAUGAGAAAACUGCUACUUCUUUCAGUGAGAAGGAAAAGCCAUCACUACUACUGCUACCUCUGAAACCAUGCUCACCUACUGUGAUUUCCACCAGCAAAAUAGAGUCCCUAUCCCCUGCCUCUCAGUACUCACAAGAUUGUAAUUACAUAACAGUAGGAAAACCAGAUAACUUCACAACUGUGUUUACUAGAAGUGACAGAAACAUAGGUUCCACUUUGCUUCUGCCUCUCUAAUCUCAUAAGUAUGCAUCUCAUUGGCCUAGAGCCCUGCGGGCCACAGUGGGUAUGCCGAGUCCUCUUCAUCAGCAUACAAACCAAGUCACUGCAGCGAAAUGAGCAUGCACACAACAGCAAAUAUAUUAAUUGUGUAAAAGCCCACCAAAUACAAACUUUUACUUUUCAAUAAAAAGUUACUUGUAUCAUUGAAA